AUCACUGAUACUGGUAAAUGAAAGAACAUUUCCACUGCUCAUUGUUUCAUUACCGUUCCCUGUGAAGUCCUUAGCGUAAUCUCCGAAGCCGCCGAAAUCUGUUUCCGAUCAGAAGGCGAGACUAGCAAGACCGUUGGUUUGGUUUGAUAUUCUAUCAUCGUUCACAAUGGCGGAUGAAGAACCUGUUGAUCCAAAGAAAUAUCUUGAAGAGACUUGCAAGCCAAAGUGUGUUAAACCUCUUCUUGAAUAUCAGGCAUGUGUUAAGAGAAUCCAAGGUGAUGAAUCUGGUCACAAACACUGUACAGGGCAAUACUUCGAUUACUGGUCUUGUGUUGACAAAUGUGUUGCACCAAAACUCUUUUCAAAACUGAAAUAAAGAGGCGGUUCCAUGGGGGGCAUGCACGUUGUUGUCCACUCUAUUUCAUUGUCCACUAAUAACUGUUUCCAAACUUCUGAUUGGCUCUUAUGUACCUCAAAUGGUACUGGUUACAAAUUUUUUGAACAAUAUAAUCUCGGGUUAGACAAAUAAAAGAUGAUGUUGAGAGUUGACUUCGUCAGCUA